AUGAAAACAAACGCUAACAAAGUAAACCAAACCAAAUUAUAAAAAAUCAAGGAAAAAAUAAAGAGAAACAAAAAACGACAAACGAUAACAAAUACAAAACCAAAAUUAUCAACAACAAAAAUCAAACCAUUUGUUAUUUAUUAUUCCUGUAUCCACAAGGCGUAGCUGACCUGAAGGAGGACAUAGCCCAACUGAAAUCGCGAUAUAAGGUCACCGAUCGAAGGGCAACAGGUUGAUCAUGGGGCAGACGCUGUCGGAACCGGUGACCACCAAGGACUCGGCUUGCUGCGGCAAUGCCAGCUACCGCGUGGGCUCGUCCUGCAUGCAGGGAUGGCGCGUGGAGAUGGAGGACGCCCACACCCACAUCCUGGCGCUGCCGGAGGAUCCGCAGGCGGCCUUCUUCGCCGUGUACGACGGACACGGUGGAGCGGCGGUGGCCAAGUUCGCGGGCAAGCAUCUGCACAAGUUCGUCACGAAGCGGCCGGAGUAUCGGGACAACGGCGUGGUGCUGGCCCUGAAGAGGGCCUUCCUCGACUUCGAUCGCGAGAUGCUGCACAAUGGCACCAUUGGCGAGCAGACGGCAGGCUCCACUGCCGUCGUGGUGCUCAUUCGCGAGCGGCGCCUGUACUGCGCCAACGCGGGCGAUUCGCGGGCCAUCGCCUGCAUUGCCGGAGUGGUUCACGCCCUGUCCGUGGACCACAAGCCGACCGACGCGGGGGAGACCCAACGGAUCCUGGCCGGCGGUGGCUGGGUGGAGUUCAACCGGGUCAAUGGCAAUCUGGCCCUCUCCCGCGCCCUCGGCGACUUCAUCUACAAGAAGAACUCACAGAAGAGCCCCGAGGAGCAGAUCGUGACCGCCAAUCCCGACGUGGAGGUGCGUGACAUCACCGACGACUGGGAGUUCGUCCUGCUGGCCUGCGACGGCAUCUGGGAUGUGAUGAGCAGCUCGGACGUCUGCCAGUUCGUGCGCAGCCGCAUAUGCGACGGCAUGCAGCCGGAGCUCAUUUGCGAGGAGCUGAUGAGCAGCUGCCUGGCUCCGGAUGGCCACAACAGCGGCCUGGGCGGCGACAACAUGACCGUCAUCCUGGUCUGCCUGCUGCACAACAAGAGCUACGAGGACCUGGUCGUGCGCUGCGGUGGCAAGCGCAAGACCCCCGUGGAAACAGUGGGCGACAUCAAGGAUCAGCCGGUGAUAAAGGUCGUAACUCCCUAUUCGCAGGCAUCGUCGCCUAGCUCGGGGACAUCGACUUCGCGAUUGGGCCUGGGCUUCGGACUUCGCGAAAGCGAUACUCCGAGGGAGAACCUUUAACGUUUUUUUUUCAUUUUGCAUUUUUUGUUACUGGAUUUGUUUGCAUUUACACUUACCUUUGUACUUGGGAUUUGGAAUACUACAGUGGGGUCCUUACGCUUGGCAGUCCAAAAUUAUCAGUCAUCGCACAUCUUCCCUCGGCAACUAAUAAACUAAUAAACUGAAA